AUGGCCGACAAUAAUCUUCACAGCUUUCUGCUCCAUGAUAUCCGAGAACUCGAGAGUUCGGCCUUUAUCCGCGACCCCAACACGACAGUGUGGGUGUAUGUCGAUGGGAGUACCCGAGGCACAGAAUUAGAGAAUGUGGUAGACAUGGAUGGCAUGCUCAUACCCGACAAUUUCACAAACGCACACAUUUUGCAAUUUAUCCAAGAUUCCUUUGUCCUAGUUCAAGAUCUAGGCGAGGUCAACUCGGAUGAUCCCGCCACUAUUGAAUUGUUCCUUUCCACGGCUCUUUCUAGCUGUGUGGAGAAAAGACAAGAGCAAUUCAUGCUCCUCAUGAGUUCCCAUGGAUCGGGAUAUGGAUUUGGAGGAGAUGAAGUGCAUGCCAGGAGGAGGCGAUUGGUGGCCCGAAAUCAAAACAUUGCUGCAGCGAUCGGAAAUGCCCUAACUCUAACCGAUGGUGCCCCUGAAAAAUUGAUCGUGUUGGCAUUUGAUGCUUGUUUAGAGGAGAAUGGGGUCAACAAAAUACCCGUGCUAUACUUUCCCCCAGGCGUCAACGAAGAUACCAAAUUGGAAAUCCAAACUCAGAUGGAGAGCUUCAACUUUACCAUUGAAGCGGCCGAGGCAAUGGGAGGGCUAUGGAGUGACCUUCUGUUCGACCCCUUGAGUGUUCAGACGAAUGACGCUGGAAACUUGACAAUUCCGUUCGAUCUGGUGACCCUCUACACUCCUGGACCUGGAGGUUCCAUCGCAGAGACGGACAAGGCGGACGGAGGUUUCCUUGUCCCGGUCCUCUACGUGGAGGGUUUAAUUGCUGGGUUUCCUUUUUCCGUCCUCCUUGGUGGAUUCUGGAACACUAUUAUCGAGUGGAAACAAGAUGUGGGGUUGGCACUGUCCCCGAUUCCUGCAGAGGAGACCGCUGCCGGGCUCGGCGUUACAUUCUCAGUGGUUGACUUGGUAGCUUAUGACUUUGUGGCAGAAGGGGAAGAGCCAAAAACCCAAUUCAACUACUUUGUCAUUGAACACGCUCCAGAUGGGACACUGCAAUCCAUCGAAGGCAACGACCCCGACCCUGGAGCAGAUUCUUCCGCUGUCAGAGUUGCAAAUGUGAUUUUGCCCGCAUUCUUGGUGGCCUUGACGUCAGCUUUCAUUCUCUAG